AUGCCGAUACGAAUCCGGUUGUUCCCCGUGGUGUUCCCAUCGCCGCCUCCGUCUCCCGUGCGCAAGCCGUCGUUUGCGCGCACCGCGACGUCACCAGCGCCAGCGGCGCGUGCUGCCGGCGCGCUGUUACGGCCGCGUCACCCGCUCACAUCUCUUCCUCUCUCCGCCUCUUCCGCUCCUCCGCUCCUCGAUCCCUCAUCAAGCUUUAUCUCUUCGUCAGACGCGUUGCGUCCCGGUCGCGCAAUACUAGCAGCUUCCAACCGGCCGCUCUCCGCGCUUGCCGCCCGCGCGUCCGCAUCUGACGCUGGCAGUUCCGGCGACGGGGAGGGCAGUAGCGGGGGGAGAAGCAGCGGAGGUGCGAGAAGUGGGGGAAUGGGCAGCGGUGGAAGCUUGGGGGACGCCCGUGGGGGCAGCGAGUGGCAGAAGGGAGAGGGGUCGGACGAGGCGGGGGAGACGGCGGGGGAGGGGAAGGCGGGUGAAGGGGAGGCGGAAGAGAUUGACGAGGCGGAGCGCGAGCGGCAGGAGGAGCUGCUGCGCGCGCUGGGGCUGGACUCGAGCAUUCCCGAGACGGCGAACGAGUUCCUGGAUAAGGUGUCGAGCCGCGCGUACGACAUGAGGCGGCGGCUCGAGAGCACUUUGGAAUCCACGUCCUACGACGUGGUGGACUCGAACCCGUGGCGCGACCCGUCGAAGGCGCUGUUCGUGCUGGCGCAGGGGGACGCGCAGCUCUACACCAUGCGCACGCGCACUCCGCGCAGUGAGGUGGAGAGCGAGUUGGAUAAGCUGUUCGGGGAGAGGAGAGGCAGGAAGGGAGGCAUUUCAACUGGUGCAAGUGGGAAGAGCAGCAGCAGCGCUGGCAGCAGUGGCGGCGGUGGCGGCGGUGGUGGAGGUGGUGGUGGCAGUGGCGGCACCCGUACUGCUUCGCCCACGCGCUCUCGCUUCUCGAUGAAAGUGGAGGACGUGAGGGAGGGUGUCCUGGUGUUUGAGGACGAGCAGCAAGCUGCACAGUACUGCAGUCUCUUGGAGGGGCAGGGCCACAAUUGCCUUGGAGUCGCACAGUUCAAGGCCAAGGAUCUGUUCAAGGUGUGCCAGUCAUCCAAAGCCCUUGCUGUGCUGUUCCGUAGUGGUGUGGUCCCCCCCCAGCCCGACCGCCUGCAGCAGCACCUGGGAGCCAAAAAGAGGUCCUUGGAGGAUGAUGUGUGA